GCAUGGUUCAGGAUCUGUAGAGCUGCGCAUCGUUGGAUUUGCUCUUCAGUGUUUGGACUCUCAGUAGUGAUUAUUAAACCACACUGAACUGAGCUAAACUGAACUGAACUUAAACACUACAAACUGAACUACACUGUUCCUAUUUACUGUGACCUUUUAUGUGAAGCUGCUUUGACACAAUCUACAUUGUAAAAGCGCUAAACAAAUAAAGGUGAAUUGAAUUGAAUUGAACGACUGACUAUAUCAAAGAGAAAAUAGAGAAGGAGAAAUCAGCAGAGAGGACCAUCAACCUCUUCCACUGUCUGAAUGAACUGAAGGAUGACUUUGUAGAGGAACUCCAGAAAAGUCUGAGCUCUGGAAAUCUUUCAGUGCAACAUCUGUCCUCUGCUCAGUUGUCAGGUCUGGUGUUUGUGCUCCUGAUGUCAGAAGAGACUCAAGAGAAGUUUGAACUGCAGAAAUACAGAAGAUCUGACGAAGCACUGAUGAGACUGACACCUGUGGUCAAGAACACCAGGAGAGCACUGCUACAGUCCUGUAAUCUCACUGCUGAUUCUUGUGAGAGUUUGUCUUCAGCUCUACAAUCCUCCAACUGUGUCCUGAGAGAGCUGGACCUGAGUAACAAUGACCUGCAGGAUUCAGGAGUGGAGCUUCUCUCUGAUGGACUGAAGAGUCCAGACUGUAAACUGGAGACACUGAGCUUGGCGAUGUGUAAUCUCACUGCUGAUUCCUGUGAGAGUUUGUCUUCAGCUCUACUAUCCUCCAACUGUGUCCUGAGAGAGCUGGACCUGAGUAACAAUGACCUGCAGGAUUCAGGAGUGGAGCUUCUCUCUGAUGGACUGAAGAGGCCAGACUGUAAACUGGAGACACUGAGAUUGUCUGGCUGUAUGGUGACAGAGGAAGGCUGUGGUUUUCUGUCUUCAGCUCUGACUUCAAACCCCUCACACCUGAGAGAGCUGGAUCUGAGCUACAAUCAUCCAGGAGAUUCAGGAGUCAAGCUGCUCUCCCAAAAGCUGGAGGAUACAGACUACACACUGGACACACUCAAAGGGUCCCCACCAAGGCUGGUCAAAGAAACAUAUGCCAGAGGAAUUGUGGAUUUGUUCCCCUACCUCAGUGACCCGUUCUCCAAAAAUGGCUUUGAGCAUUACUAUGAUGGUGAGUGGCACUGGGUAAUUGGCAUGGAUAAUCAAAACUAUACAGAGAAACCUGGCUAAAGAACAAUGAGGAUCAUUUGAAGGUCAAGUGUCGAAUGCUGAGCGGGGGUCUGGUGGACCAACUGUAGCAAGGCAUUCACAGUUUACUUCGGAGAUUGUCUUAAGUGACAAUGAAUGCAAGGAAGCAAUUGCAUUCAUCAACCAUUCUGCUGAUGAGGAUGCCAUCAAGAAGAAAAUGAACCUGUCAUUUGACUAUCGUCAAGAGAUGGUUCUUGAUCCCAAGCAGACAAGUGAUAUAUUGACAAUUUUUCCUUGUUUCAAUGACAUUAAAGGAUUGAUUUGCUGUAAGCAUUACAAUAGACAUUUUUCACACUUCCUGGUUCCGGUAAGCGAAACGGCGUAUCACAACAUCCGGUUCCAAUGCAACGGAGUAAGAUAGAAUGGCAGAAUCGUCUCGUCGCUGUCAUUGCAGCGUUCCUGGCUGCUCCAGCUUAAAAAAAACGACAUCCUUAACUCAGUUUCCACGAAAAGACAAAGGACAGAGGAAAUCAUGGGUGAAAUGAAUUAGACGGAAUGAAUGUCCUUCAUUUCAAGUGAUAUGCCAGCGUACGCUCAUGUGCAGUACGCACUUCAAAGUGGAGAUCAUUAUGUUUGAUCAAAUAUUGGUGGUCUUAGUUUUAUUUAAAUGUGAAAUUAUAAUAUAGACAAAAUUCCAGUUAAGUUAUCUGCCUUCUGCAAACAAGUGCUCCUAUCAAGAUCAUUAAUAUAUAAGCAUAAUUUCCCCCCACAUUGGAAUAAUAGACAACUAAUACAAAUGCUAUUUAUUACAACUAAAUUAAUUUGGUUAGUCAGUUUUAUAAUAAAGAUGGUAUACUUUUCUUACAAUGAAUUCCUUUCUCAUCACAGUAUUAUUGUAGUAGUUAUUGGUUUAAUUCCUUCAGAGAGCCAUAUGUUAUUUAGUGUUAUUAAUCAAGACCAUCGUCUUCUGAUUUUACUAAAUCUUAUGUUGGCAAAACUUGUUUUACAGUAAAUACCAAGAGUAAUAAUAGAGUUUUUUCCAACUCUUUUCUAAAAAGAAAUCACUACUGUUCCUUAUACAAAGUUUUAUUGUAUGUCUUUAUUAAAGGGUGACUUGAUUUGCUGAAGAAAGUGUGGCUGUUACCACAGAAAUAUCAGGAGUGUCAGGCAAGCUACUAGAGAAGUGGACAACAGCGUUCAAGAAAAAAGUCAUUCAGCAGUGCAAAAGGCUUCCUGCAACCAGCGAUUUACAGAAACUUCUGCUAGCAGCAGAAUCUCUUUGUGAUCACUCUGAAGAAGGUGUUCAUAUUGUUUGGGACCGUGACCUUGCUUCAGUACUACUACUGUUGCAUCUGAUCCCACCGUUUGCCCAAGGCCGGAAGAGACCAGGGAAAGUCUCUGCUUAAGCAGAAAAUCAUUUUGUUGUGUUCAAGAAGAGGGGAACAAACAUCGAGGAGCAGCUGCAAGACAUCUCUGCAAGCACUUAGCCCUAUCUCCUGGCUGUAGGUUCUCAGAAGGAUUCAAUUCACCAGUACUUCAUCAUCCUUGAUCAGCAUGCCAUUCCAUGCAAGUCUACCUCUUCUCUUGGUGCUUUUGAUGAACUGUUUGAGGCAGAUUAUGUUUUUGGCACCUUUUACAACACUAUGCUGCACAACAUGUACACUUUCAUUCACACCACUGUGUACAACAUAGAUGUUGACAAAGUAAAAAAGUCCUCGUGUUGCUGAGGUUAGAGCAAGGCUGCUUAGCUAGGUGCCUAAAGUUCCAGUGCAGACCUGAAGUGUUUUGUUUUUGAGACUGAAUUAAAUGGUUAAAUGCUUGUUACGCACUUCAGAGUAGUUCAUGGUUCGGUUCCUGGAAAGAGCCUUCGACUUAAAUGUGUAGAGGCAGGAUGCGGUUCUGAGUAUCACAUUUAAUUGGGUGAGUGGAGGGCCCUACGAAUCUGCCAUUAUAUAUCUUUGAAAACAGGUGAUAGGUUAAGGCAAAGGGGUCAUAAAAGAGCAUGAGAGAGGACUUGGGGAUGCAUUGAGAACUAUCUGUGUCAGAAAGGCAUGAAAUGUAAACAACACAUGUUGAAACUCUCAUGUAUAUUUGAAAAGACACACACUGUAUGGGGGAGAAGAGUCCAGUUUAGAUGUUUGAAACACAGAUACUAGUCAUGAUUACCAAAUGUGAACUGUAUGUGGAAAAACAGUGAUGAUUAUAUUAGAUCUGUACAUUAUAUGGGCCAACAAGAAGAGGGGUCUUUAAAGGGGUCGUAAAGGAGUAGGAGCUGGGAGAGGCCUGUUGAACCAGUAAACAGCUGUGAAAACACAAAGGUGGGAGGAAGCAAGGAUAAAGGGGAUAGCAAAUUUAAGGGACACUGGAUUUGUCCUGGGGAGAGACUGAGAUGGGUCUGCUCCAGGCUGUCUCUGCUUUUUUGGGAAAUAUUCCAAUAAA